AUGUUGAGCAGCAACUGUGAAGAUGAGGCCGUAAGUUCACCGCCGUUGCCUGAAGGUGAUGUCUUGGAACGCGAACAUGUACUGAAAGUGUAUGAUGCCAUCGCCGCACACUUCUCAUCUACUCGCUAUAAAGCGUGGCCCAAAGUUCAGGCAUUUAUUGAGUCUCUACCAAAGUAUGCGUUGGUGGCGGAUGUUGGUUGUGGGAAUGGAAAGUACUUUGCAUGUGCACAGCAACACCGUGUACGCCCACCAACAGAGAGUAGUAGUGCCAACUCUAAUGAUCACGUGGAGGAAACAGAAGAGGCCUAUCGCUAUCUUGUUGGUAUUGACUCCAGUGAGGGACUAUUGCGAUUGGCCCAAAAACAACAACAACAACAACAACAACAGGAUCCAUCCACUAUUACUACUACUAUUACUACUACUAUUACUACUACUUCCUCUUUGGCUCCCAAUUCCAAUAGGACAACAUUCACAACGGCGUGUAGGGCCCGCACAGAUCUCCUGCGGGCGGAUGGUCGCCGUACGGCACUUCGCAGUGGUUUAUUCGAUGCUGCUAUUAGUAUUGCCGUGAUUCAUCACUUCGCUACUCAUGAAGGGCGAGUAGCGGCCGUGCGAGAAUUACUGCGACUCGUACAGCCCAACGGCCGUGUGCUCAUUAGUGUGUGGGCGAAGGAACAGCCAAAGAAACGCUCCAGAGAUAAUGCGGCGGAUGUACUCAUUCCAUGGGAAAUGCACGAGAUCCAUGAUAAGGACCGGCGGGUGUAUCAACGGUAUUAUCACUUGUUUGCAAGCGGGGAGUUGGAACAGUUGGUGGAGGAGGCGGGGGCGGUUGUGCAACAGUCGUACUACGAUAAGGAGAAUUGGUGUGUUAUCAUUCAACCGGCAUCAGUAUAG